AUUUUCUUGUCACUCUUGGGAUCGCACUCGCCGAUCCAACUUAUCAUGAUGAGUUGUACAUGUCGAGUCACGCCCCUAAAAAUAUUUGUACAAGGUCUAUCUCAAGUUCAUAAAGUCGACGCAUCACCUUCCGUUCUCCGUCUGCCGAUCCGAACUCGACCAGCGUUGUACCAGAAUAAUUUUGCCUUGGCGCGACAGGCCCGGUCUCUGCAUUUUUCGAAGGCUCUACAAGAUUCUUCCGGAGAAGCCGCUAGAGACGACGACCCUCUCUCUCAUAUUCAGCCAGAAGAUGAAAACCCAGUCGUAAAAAACGACGACCCUUUCGCCAUUGACGAAGAUCCGGAGUCGAUACCAUGGAAAGCACAACCAGGCACCAACAACGAGGCUCAAAAGCCUCGGAGGAAGAGAAGAGAAAAGCCAGAAGAUUUCACGACCUUAAAUUAUCGCCGAAACCAGAGCGUGAGACAGAAACUGGAAGAUGAUGACGAGGUAGACGAGCUCAAUAGCAGUCGCAACCGACGAAUGAAGGGCCCUUCCUCGUUACAACCACAACCAAAAGAGAAUUACUGGAAAGUCCAAAAAGCGGCUCUGAAGGAGAAAUUCCCAGAAGGCUGGCGUCCUCGAAAGCGCCUUUCUCCUGAUGCUCUGGCCGGUAUUCGGGCUCUCAAUGCCCAGUUUCCCGACGUCUACACCACCGAAGCCCUGUCGAACAAAUUUGAAGUAUCAGCCGAGGCUAUCCGUCGUAUUCUGAGGAGCAAGUGGCAGGCCAAUCCUGAGGAGGAAGAGAAGCGAAACGCGCGAUGGUUCCGUCGUGGAAAGGAAGUCUGGGAGCAGAAGGCUGCGCUGGGUAUCAAGCCGCCGCAGAAGUGGCGACGUGAGGGUAUCACGCGAGAUCCUAGUUACCAUGACUGGAAGAAAGAGGCGGUCGAGCGAAACCGUGCGAGAGAGGAGCGGGAUGACUUGGAGAUUAGGGGUGAGAAUGCCCCCCGUCGACGUACUUAUACUCCACGAUCCGAGGGUUAUACGCCUCGUUCCGGUCCUCGAUCUGAGGGUUAUACUCCUCGGGCUCGCAUUCCUCGAACUGGCGAUUAUCCCUCCCAAGCGGUCCCUCGAGCUGGACGAGGAAGAUCUUAAAAAUGGCGAAUGUACGAUGGCAUGAUGAGGCUUUGCAUAUAGACCGGCGCUCGGGCAUUGUACUAUAGUUGUAAACCAACUCUACUAUUGAAAUGAAUUACGCAUGUUGGAAAUGUAUAUCAUGAUGCAGCUUUGCAGGGCAUUGGGUAGGAGGAAUUCAGGUAUAUAAACAAUCAGUAUAAAUCUUGUUAUAUAGACAACGUAUCACGAGUGUUUCUGCCAAUGAAUUGGCUCAUCGCUAU